UCCGGUGAGCCCCAGACAGUAAACCGAACGCUCUCUGUAAACAAACCGUUUAGAAAACACUUCCGGGGAUGUGUUUGACUUUUUUUUUCUCCCUACUUUGUUCUGAACGCAAACUUUGUGUAUAAGUCAGUUAGAAGCUGUUAGACAUGAGGAGCUGAAAGGAGGGCGAGGAAAACCCGACAGGCAGCGAACCGAGGAGAGGAACUAUAGAAGGGAGGAGCCGCUUUUUAACAACCCUGCAGACGAGUCCAAAAUGAUGGAGGCAAUGGAUGAGAAAGAAGACGCCACUGCGGCGUCCAACGCCACUGCGGCGUCCAACGCCACUGCGGCGUCCAACGCCACUGCGGCAUCCAACGCCGCUGCAACAUCCAACGCCAGUGCAACGUCCAAUGUCACUGCGGCAUCCAACGUCUCUGCAGCGUCCAACACCACGGAGGAAGGAGAAGAACUCCCUCCAAAGCUCCCUCUACAGGAGGCAAACAGCAACUGCAACCACACAGAAGAAAGCAAAACGGAGGGUUCAGCUAAGGCUGCAGAAGUCCCUGCAGAACCACAGCAGAGUGAAGAACCUCAGUCUCCAGAGGUCGCCGUCACGCCACAGAAACCCAACGGCGGACCCGUAGUCAUUGAAGCCGGCAACAGAAACCUAGCCAGUGAGAAGCUGGAGAGGGUCCGCAAGUGGAGCAUCAGUAAAUACAAGUUUACCCGGCAAGCUCUGGCUGAGAAGCUGGGCAGAGGCUCCCGUACGGUGGACCUGGACCUGGAGCCGCGCCUGGAGCUGCUGAAGGAUGACCGGCAGCGCUACGACAACAUGACCAAGCUGGCUCAGACGCUGGCCAGUCAGUUCGCUUACUUCUCUCUCAUCGAGAAGGCUCUGGGGGAAACCUUCAACGAACUCAGCUUCAAAUCCAAGAACCUCCAUGUGGAGUUUGGCAUGAACGCCGAGGCCCAGAAGUUUCUGUCCAAGAGCACCGACACUCUCACCUCGGCCAUCAACUCCUUCACCUCUGACAUGGACACGCUGGUGAACAAAACCAUCGAGGACACCAUGAUCAGCGCCAAACAAUACGAGGUUGCCAGGAUCGAGUACGAUGCGUACCGAGUGGACCUGGAGGAGCUGAACAUGGGCCCACGGGACGCCAACACCCUGCCUAAACUGGAACAGGCCCAGAAAACCUUCCAGGGCCAGAGGGAGCGGUACCAGAAGGUCCGAGACGAUCUGUCCGUCAAAGUCAAGCUGCUGGAGGAGAACAGGGUGAAAGUCCUCCACAACCAGCUGUGGCUGCUCCACAGCGCCGUCGCCGCCCACUGCAUGUCCUGCCACAGUUUUCUGGAGAAAAACAUGGAGCAGGCAGUGGAACACCUCAACAACUCUACUGAGGAGGCCCCCUCCUGGCUGGAGGAGAGUUGACGCUCUGUGGGAUCAGUUUAAGUGACUUUAAGAGGGGUGCAAAAGGCUCUGGUGGCUUAAUGCUCUGGACGCUGUUAGUUUGAAGAAAAGUAAUUUAUUUCUGGGUCAAUGGGACAUUUGGGUAAUUGUAAAAUUAAAAGUUCUUGAUUUUUGAAAUAUUUAAGAAUGUAUUUUGUGAAGAAAGCGGAGCGUUGUUGAAAACACGGCCCUCUUUGUUUCCUGGAUCCGUCUCGCUGCGUCGUUCACUGAUUCCACCUAAUCCUUUGUGAGGCACUAAGCUUUUCUUUGAACUUUAAAAAUCUGCUGCCGCUGCAGUCAGAAACUCACAAAAGGUCCCUGAAAAACACAGCUGGAAAACAAGUCGAGAGUGGAUUAGUGGAUCUGAAUCCUCAGCCGAUUAAAGCCCGCCCUUCUGUUUGCGUUUCCCUUAUUGGAAAACUAAACAUUCACACAGAAUUAAUUUGCUACUUUUACCUCUUUAAAAAAAAACAGAAAUACAGCUUUUAAAAAAUUAACCCAAAAGGAGAAAAGCCAUUCAAAGUAUAUGAAUAAAUGAUGAUAGAGGGAAAUUAUAUUAAUCCUGAGCGGAAACACAAGGGAAGUAAAUGUUCUGUUAGGAAAUAUCAGAACCUGUGAAUCCAACUUCUCAGCUUUAAAACCUUUUUCUUUUUGACCACUAGUGGUUUAUUUUAUACCAACUCUUAAUGUACAGUGGAUUAAAGCCAUAUCUCAGCUGGACUUCUUUGAUGCCAAAGUUUUCAGGUUUAUUUUCAACUCGCUAGGAUCAGAUUUAGCAUCGCUAGCGCUCAUCUAAGUGGACCAAAGACUAAAAUCUAUCUUUUUGGACGUCUCAAUUCUUGAAUAUCUUCUUCUGACAUCCACCAGAAGAAACAUUGCUGCAGGAUUUUCCACAAUGUUUUAUAAUAUAUCAAUACUUUUUUUUGUAUCCACUUUCUUGAAGCUUUUCUACUUCAAUGUUUCAAUGUGCCAAAUCUUAUCGAUAAAUCUCUUUAACCAUCAGAAAACUGCACAGCUUCUCGCACCUUUAAUAAUCAUUAGAUGUAAGUUUGAAAAGUUUAUUUUCUUUAUUUGUUCUAGAUUAGUUUAUCUGGUCUAAUAUUAAAAAGAUGCAGGUGAUUAUUUGCUACAAACCAAAAAUCGGACCAAAAAUUUCACUAUACGCUGACGAUGUUACCGUCUUUGUAGCUUGAUAAAGGUUUACUUUAACAGCGGUUUUCCAUAUAAUUGGGAGAAAUAAUUUCUUUCUAAUGUUUCAUUAGACAAUCUAUUAACUUAGUAGGGGAAAAUGAAGAGUUUAUGCCUUGAGGUUAGGUAGGCCUUCCCUGGAUGAAGCCCCUUUUAUGGGUUUUGUGAAUUAUAAGAAUGGUUGGUUUGCAGCAAAUUUUGAAAACUUUUUUUUAGAGUUUAGACAAUCCAACUGCUGCCAUAACUACAGCAUGUUUGUUUUUGUCUUAAAAACAAAACCAGUGUGAGUGGUUUUGUUCAGUUACCCAGCAGGACACUUUAGGAGCCUCUUCCAGCAAAGAUCCCAACCAGCUUACAGUUGCACCAUGGCCUUGGUGAUCUAACACAAUUCUCUUUUCGACAUUGCUUAAAGUUUGGCUCAGAGCUUGGUAUACUGUUCAUUUCAACACUCUAGCUUCAAGUUUCAGGAGACUGAAGCGCCCCUUGCACCAUUAAGGACGUGUUUUAGAAACUCUGUGGAUCUCUCCUGCUCUAAACUACAUGAUAAAAUCCCCACUAUAUCCUUAUGUGCUAGAAAAUGUCACCAAUGACUCUUCAAACACUGUCCACAUUCAGGUGUUUCUAUCGUUUUGUAAUAAUAUGAUGGCCCCCCCUUGGCUUUCUCAUACAGUCACACUCUGCUUGGUAAAUGGCUUUACAAGGCUUUCUCUGUUUGGGAAUAUAUUGUUGUUUUAUUUUCUUAAGACCAGGAUGUUAUCUGAGCAAUUUUUCUUUACUUAAACCUUUGAAAGGUUCGCUGAAAAACUGUGCUUUAUAUGUCUGGGACCAAAUGGAGACUCGAAUAUUUAUGAUUUAUGUUAAAAGUUAAGGUUUAUUUAAAUUGUUUUGCAAUCUAAGUUGUUUUGCUUAUUCAGUUGAUUUCAAACUUUUCUUGUUGUUUCUGUAUUCAUAUGAAUGUUAUUCCAUUUUUUUUCUGGUUUACCACAAAAAAACUACCAUCUAUGCAACGACUGUGGAUCUUUUUGUGCAAUAAAGUUCCAGCUUAGUGAUGCUUAAGCUGCCAGUUUCUGACACCGAGCUGCCUUAAAUAAAUGGCACCUUAUAGACGAGAUUAGAUUAGAUUUAUAGGUUAUAAAGGUGCAGUCAGAGAGGGAAUCUGGCAGAUUUAAACUGCUUGAUUCUAUUUUUUAUAUAAUAAAAUGUUGUAAAUCCCAAAGAUUUUCUGGAAUAUUUUGUCAUUGGUUGAUCUUCUUACAUACUUGCUUCAGUAUAAAUCACUUUUCAAAUCAAA